GCCUUAACUACCAUGGUAAUGUUACCGAGUAAAUCUUUAGUUGCUGCAUACCGGACGGCCCUGAAAGACUGAACUCUGAACCCUCAAAGCUUGAACCAGGCACAACGCAAUAUUGUAAACUUACCAACUUGUUGAUAUUCAUUCAUGGAGCUGGGUGCCUCUUCUAGGGUUUUAAGCUGCAGCGAAGUGAACCUUUUUAGCCCUGUAUCUACAACAAGAAGAAGAAAUUACCACAACCCCAUAAACGCAGCAAGCUUUAAUAUUCACCUGUUUCAUCAACAACAAUUCUCAAAUGCUUCAAUUAUACUUUCCAAAUCAUUUUUACGCAGAGAAUAUACUCAAAAAAGGGUGAUGAAGAUGAGCAGAGAUGAUUCUCACCAGUUUGAGCUAUCAAGUUUAACUGCAUUGUCUCCAUUGGACGGCCGAUAUUGGGGUAAAGUUAAGGACUUGGCUCCUUACAUGAGUGAAUAUGGGCUUAUCUUCUUUCGGGUUCUAGUUGAGACUAAAUGGUUGCUGAAGCUUUCCCAAAUCCCUGAAGUUACUGAGGUUCCUAGCUUCAGUGAAGAAGCUCAGUCUUAUUUGCAAGGAGUCAUUGAUGGGUUUAGCAUGGAUGACGCCUUGGAAGUCAAAAACAUUGAGAAAGUCACAAACCAUGAUGUGAAGGCAGUGGAAUAUUUCUUGAAGCAGAAAUGUCAAUCCCAUCCAGAGAUUGCUAAGGUUCUUGAGUUCUUUCAUUUUGCUUGCACAUCGGAGGACAUCAACAAUCUUGCCCAUGCAUUGAUGCUAAAAGAAUCAAUAAACCAAGUCAUGUUUCCAGUAAUGGAUCAAUUGAUAAAGGCAUUAUGUAACAUUGCUAAGGAUAAUGCACACGUCCCCAUGCUUUCUCGUACACAUGGUCAGACAGCUUCUCCAACAACUUUGGGAAAGGAAAUGUCAGUUUUUGCUGUUAGGUUAAGCAGAGAAAGGAAAGAAAUUUCUCAAGUUGAGAUUAUGGGGAAGUUUGCUGGUGCAGUUGGGAAUUACAAUGCACAUCUCUCUGCAUAUCCUGAUGUGAACUGGCCUCAAAUUGCAGAAGAGUUUGUGAAUUCUCUUGGACUGACUUUUAAUCCCUAUGUUACCCAGAUUGAGACUCAUGAUUACAUGGCAAAACUUUUUUUUGCUUUUAUCAGAUUCAACAAUAUUUUGAUUGAUUUUGAUAGAGAUAUGUGGGGCUACAUAUCUUUAGCCUACUUUAAGCAGAUAACUAAGGCUGGUGAGAUUGGGUCUUCGACAAUGCCUCACAAAGUUAAUCCUAUAGAUUUUGAAAAUAGUGAAGGUAAUCUUGGCAAGGCUAAUGAAGAUCUAUCAUUUUUAAGCAUGAAGUUGCCUAUCUCGCGUUGGCAGCGCGACUUGACUGAUUCAACUGCUUUGAGGAAUAUGGGUGGAGGACUGGGACAUUCCCUUCUUGCCUAUAAAAGUGCAUUACAAGGAAUAGGAAAACUUCAGGUUAACGAAGCUUGCUUGAGUGAAGACUUAAACCAGGCAUGGGAGGUGCUUGCUGAACCAAUACAGACGGUUAUGCGGAGAUACGGUGUUCCAGAACCUUAUGAGAAGCUAAAAGAACUAACCAGGGGAAAGGCAGUUACUAGGGAACGCAUAAGAGAGUUCAUCUUGGGCUUAGAAUUACCUGAAGAAGCAAAGGCUAGUCUUCUCAAUUUAACACCCCAUACUUAUGUUGGAGCAGCUGUUGAUUUGGCUAGAAAUGUGGAUGCAACGGUGAAUUUGGUGAAUGGUACUAAGGUUUUAGAGCCUUGCUCUUAAAAUAAUCUCACAAGAUAUACAGUCACUUGACUAGAGUUGUUAUUUCCCUGUUGAGGUUUGAAGGUGAUGUAUCUAAAUGUUCCUCCCAUUAAGGCUUUUAAAGAAAUGUAACUAUAAUGGCCUGAUAGGAAUUAUUAUAAUAACAAAAACAGAAAAUGAGAGUUGAAAAUUUGAAAGCAAUAUUUAUGCUUUUUAUAUUA